AACUGCAUGUCUCUUUCGGCCAUCCUUAGCCUUCCAGACUUGCCUAUACCCGUCCGUCCGCUCCCUCAAUAAUAAGACCACCAGCCAGUCUUCGAUUCCCACAUAACAACCACCGCAACCAUGGCUACCGUCAACAUUCGCCGCGAUGUCACCGAUCCCUUCUAUCGUUAUAAGAUGGAGCGCCUCCAGUCCAAGAUUGAGGGCAAGGGCAACGGUAUCAAGACCGUCAUCGUCAAUCUGAGCAGUGUCGCCCAGUCGCUCGCCCGUCCUCCCUCUUAUGUCAUCAAGUACUUCGGUUUCGAGUUGGGUGCCCAGACCAACACCAACCCGGCCGACGACCGUUGGAUCAUCAACGGCGCCCACGACGCCUCCAAGCUCCAAGACUACUUGGACGGCUUCAUCUCCAAGUUCGUUCUCUGCAAGAAGUGCAAGAACCCCGAGACCGAUGUUAACAUCAAGGACGGCCGUAUCAACCUCGACUGCAAAGCCUGCGGAAAGAUCUCCGACGUGGAUCUGCGUCUGAAGCUCAGUUCGUUCAUCUUGAAGAACCAGCCCAAGAAGGGAAAGAAGGACAAGUCCACCAAGAAGGCUGAGCGCAAGGCCCGCAAGGAGGCCGAGGCAAAUGCCGAAGAGGGUUCCCAGAACGGCGGCAGCCCCGGCGACAGCGCCUCUGAUCAAGCCGAGGAGAACGGCGACGUUGAGCUCGACGCUGGUAGCGAUGAUGAGCUCACCCGCCAGAUCAACGAGGGAGCCUUGGAGCUUGAUGACGACGAUGAGAAGGAGGUUGAAUGGUCUGUUGACACCUCCGAGGAAGCCGUCCGCGCUCGUGCCAAGGAGCUUCCUGACGACCUCAAGCGUGCCGUUGUUGUGGAAGAGGACGAGGACGGCGAGGGCGGAGGUAACAGUGCCUAUGACCACUACGGCAAGUGGGUACUAGACACCAUUGCCGAGAAGGGAAAUGUUGAUGCCCUCGAUAACGUGGACAUCUACCUCAAGGCCCAGGAAUUCGGUGUGGAGAAGAAGCACCGCACGCUUACCGUCUUGGCCCAGACUCUCUUCGACGAGAACAUUGUCAAGAAGAAGCAGGUGGAGAAGCGUGCCGCCGUCUUGAAGAAGAUGAUCACCUCUGAGCGCCACGAGAAGGCCUUCCUCGGUGGUCUCGAGCGUUUCGUCGGUAACGAGAAGCCAGAGCUUAUCCCUCAGGUUUCCGCUAUCUUGCUCCAGGUCUACGAGCACGACCUUGUUUCCGAGGAAGUCCUCAAGCCAUGGGGUGUCAAGGCUAGCAAGAAGUAUGUUGACAUCAAGACUAGCAAGAGCGUUCGCAAGUCGGCCGAGAAGUUUAUGGAAUGGCUCGAGACCGCCGAGAGCGACGAAGAGGAGGACUCUGAUGACGAGUAAGCGUACUGUACCACCUUCGUACCACCACUGCAUUAUCUUUAAAGUCCUUGCACUCAUUUCCUAGAGUGUGCCCCUGGAAAGACUAGAUGGGACUGGAUUUGGAAGAACAUUGGUGUGGAGUGUACCCGUUGCACGUAUCCUUUCUCGGUCCUGUUUGUUCGUUGUCUCUCAACUCUUAUUGUUGUUUGUUUUGUUUUCAUUAUGGCGUAAGGGCCUUAUCCGCUCCUGAUCGCCAUUGCGUCUCUGCCUAGGCGGAAUGUAAUGCAGUCUGUCACUAUCUUAUAGCUAAACUGAAAUUGGAACUCUCUCUCUCUCUACUUAGAAUCAUCUGUCUGAUCUGA